GUGGUCAUCCUUAAAGACAGAGGGCCUUUCUGAUUAUACAGCAUUUUUUACAUAUUUUUGUACAAGAUUGUCUCAUUUAGAAAUGCAGGAAGUACAUAAGUAAAAUGAAUAAAACAUUUUGCCAAAGUAAUUAAACUUUACAGCUUUGUGAUUCAGAAUCAUCCUAUUUUGAUCACUAUCAGUCAACCAAUAUUGAAAAAAAGUUCCAAAAGCCCCAAAGUUUUUAUUUUUUAGUGAACAAUUUAAAUGUACAAAACUUCAAGGUAUACAAGAACAAUCAGCACACUGGUGACACUACAUAAGAGUAUAUCAAAUAUUUCAGGGACAGUUAUAUAUAUUAAAUAAAAAGUAAAUCAGUACAAAGAGAUGGUUACGGAAAAAAUACAAAAGCCCCAAAGUACACCCAGCUGCACUCCAAUGCAGCAUGUGAAUGUGUCACACCAAUAUCCGUCCCCUGAAACACAAUGUCAGGUAGGAACCAUAGUGACUCUCUCACGUGAGGGGACACAAAAUAGCAACUUAAAGGUCCACAUUAAAUAUAUAUAUAUGUGAAUAAAAUAUUAGUUCAAAUGCUGUUAAUGGUAAAGGAAUAAUUACUUUAUGUAAUAAUACAAAUUAAUUCUGUAAGUCCAAAAUAAAAAUGUGGCAUUGUUCCUGUAAAGAUAUCCAUGUUUCCACACAAACCAGCGUGGUGGCCUAAUCAUAAAGCACCCAAAAAUACAAUACAAUAAAACCACUGACAGGUGACGUGAAUAACAUUGAUCACCAUGUUACAGUGUAAUGUUCUGCGGGGAAAACUUUGGUCCAGGUGGAUGCCACUUGACAUGCACGGCCCACCCAAACACCGCUGUGCACCAAGUACACCCCAUCAUGGCAAUGCAGGUGGCAAUGAUCCUACAAGAACUGUUUAGGAAUGGCCCGAGGAAUGUGACAGAGACGUCGACCUGGCCUCAGAAUUCCCCACAUCCCAAUCUGAUUGACCACCAAUCUCAAUCAAAACUGUGGGCCCCCUUUGGAUCUGACCUGCCUCUGACCCGUUGAGUCAUACAGGAUGUCUGGGGGUGUCCUGUGGUGUUUGGCACCGGGGUUGUGGAUCCUUUGAGCCCUGCAGGUUGUGAAGUGGGGUACCAGUAUGUCCCACAGGUGCUUGAUCAAAUUGAGAUGUGGAGACCUUGGUGGCCAGGUCAGUGCUUUGAGCUCUUUGUCAUGUUCCUUGGGCCCUUACUGAGCAGUUUUUGCGGUGUGACACGGAGCAUUAUUGGGGGGGACACUACCAUCAGGGGAGUGUCAUUGCCAUGAGGAGUGACGCGCUUGGUCUGCACUUGGUCUGGGUGGAACGUGUCAGGUCGUUACGUAAUAGUGAGUGAAAGUCAACGACGGGAAGUGAAAGGGGGAAGUGGUCCUAAUGAUACACAGCAUGGCUCGACUCGGUCAUGGUGAUCCUCUCAUCACGUUUGAUUAGUAGUUCCACUUCCCUUAAGCCCUUCGUGUCGUUUUGUGUCGUGUCGUGUCAUAUCGUAUCGUGUCGUGUCUUGUCGGUCUGUGUCUUCUGAAAUGUUGCACACUAGUUGAUUUACAGGUUGUUUAAAACAACAAAUUCCAGGUUGUCAGAAGAGUAAAAGGAGGCCAGGGUCACAGACCUUUUAACAUUUGAGGUGUUAGGGGAGUCGACAUAAUAACAGGAUGCUGUGGCCUCGAUGGUACACACUCCAGUUUUAGGUGUGAUACAGCCCCCGAGUCUGUCAGCCAGUCAGUCUGCAGUCAAGCAUCAUGGCGAUAACAACUCUGUGCGCUGUCGUGGCCGCUCUGAGAGUCCUUCCCGACAGAUCCCAGUUCUUCCAGUAUGAGUCCAUCUCUCUGAGCUGUGAGCAGCAGGGAAACUCUUCUGACUGGACAGUUAAGAGGAACACAACUGUAAACCGAGAGCGUUCUGGAACUUGGAAUAAUAUGAAUGAGUCCCACUGCUUCAUUGAUGUCCUUUACCCAUUAGACACAGGAGUGUACUGGUGUGAGUCUGCAGCAGGAGAGUGCAGUAACACCGUCAACAUUUUUGUGACUGCUGGUUCAGUGAUCUUGGACAGCCCAGUCCUUCCUGUGAUGGCGGGAGACGCUGUGACUCUGAGCUGCAGAGCAAAGACGACUUUCCCCAAUCUCACAUUUUCUCACUUCUAUAAAGACGGGCUUCUCAUUGGGAGCAGCUCUACAGGAAACAUGACCAUCCACAGUGUUUCUCUGUUUGAUGAAGGAUUCUAUAAGUGCGGAAUCUCUGGAGCUGGAGAAUCACCAGACAGCAGGCUGACUGUCAUAGGAAGCCGUCCUGAGCUGCCUGACUCCCCCAUCACACACAUUAUACUUCCUGUGGUGGGCGCCUGCCUCUCGCUGGUCUGGCUGGUCUGUGUGAUGCUGCUCUGCCUCUGGAGGAACCACAAAGGUAAAGUCGACCCUGACGUCCCCUACACUGAUGUCACCAUCACACAGGAAGUGCAGCCAAACAGGAUCAGAGAUGUGGAAGCUGCACCGACCUUCUACUCAACAGUGAAACCUGGAAACACCUGACAGGAAACAGCAGCCGUGAUGGGGAAAUGUAUAUUUACACUUGGAUUUAACAGGAGAAAUGUUCUGUGUGCUUUUACAGACAUUUUCUGACCAGCCUGCCUGAAAACUGUCCGUGUUUUCAGCACAGGCGUAGACGCCGCAUUGACUGUCAGAACAUUGUAGCAAUACAUCAACAUUGCCACCAUAUUGAGAGGUUAACACUUGCCUGUAAACAAAUGAAUGCAAUGUGGAGAGCGCGUUCUUUUUCUGAAUAAAAAGCACUAUAACGCUUCUCAACAGAUUUCAAUGA